CGGACUUUCCUGGGUUUGAGGAACUCUGAAAAUCUGAUAAAAACCUUGGACUUUCUCCCCCGAAGAAUUCGACAUCCGUCCCCACAUACCCCACCGCCACCCUCAAGGACCUCAGGAGUCCAAGGACCCAGAGGGAGACCCUGGCGCUCUCGGGGUGGGGGUGGGGUCUCUGUCCUGUUGCGCCCCAGGCUCCGCCGACACUUGGGCGCCUGCUCCGCGCCGGGUGGCUGCGGACGCUGGACGCGCGGGGAGGUGGGCGGUCACCCGGACACGCUCCGCCCGCACCUGUCCUGGGACCACGCACCCAGCUGCUGCGGGGGGCGGGGACGAAGGGGCGGUGCGGCCCUGUGCCCGCCUCACCUGCGAACGCCCAGGUCCGAGGCGAGCGGGCGCGGGUCUGUGAGCAGCCUCAGAGCCGCGGGCCGCGCCGCAGCAGCAGGUCCUGCUCCCCGCGCCGCUCCGGGCCCGCCAGCCAUGAAGAUGCACUUCUGCAUCCCGGUGUCCCAGCAGCGGCCCGACGCGCUGGGGGGCCGCUACGUGCUGUACUCCGUGUACCUGGACGGGUUCCUCUUCUGCAGGGUGCGCUACAGCCAGCUGCAUCGUUGGAACGAGCAGCUCCAGCGAGUCUUUGGGAACUGGCUGCCACCCUUCCCCCCGAAGCACUAUCUGGCCAUGACUGUAUCUAUGGCCAAUGAGAGGAGAGAGCAGCUGGAACAAUAUUUGCAAAAUGUAACUGCGGACCCGAACGUGUUGAAAAGUGAAGUCUUCAUUGAUUUCUUGAAGCUGGUACAGCUGAACACGUUUAACAUCACUGCCAAGCCAGCCUUCCUGGACAUACUUCUGCCUGGCGGAGGGAGGAUUGGGGUCGACAUCCUAACAUCAGACACCGCUGAAAGAGUCCUGGAGGUCGUGUCGCAGAGAAUCGGGCUGUGCCGGGAGCUCUUGGGCUACUUCGGCCUCUUCCUCAUUCAGUUUUGCGAAGAGGGAAAACUCUCUGUGGUGAAAAAGCUGGUGGACUUUGAACUCCCUUAUGUCAGUCUUCAGAGUUGCGACAUGGACGGCUGUACCGUUGGCCUCAGGAAGUGGUACAUGGAUCCAUCCCUCGACGCCAAGCUGAUGGACUGCAGAGUGGCCGUUGGCUUGCUGUAUUUGCAGGCAAAAGAGGACAUUGACAAAGAAUGGGCCAAACCCACACAGGCACAGAGGCAGAAAUUAGAAGCUCUCCAGAAAGAAGACAAUCAAACACAGUUUCUGGAGCUGGCCCGUGAGGCGCAGCACUACGGGUGCGUGCAGCUGGAUCCCUGCACCUGUGACUACCCAGAACCAGGCUGCCGGGCUGUUCUUUGCGUCGGCAACAAGGAGAUCAGCUGCUGCAUAACCCUGCCGGAUGGCCAGACCCGAGACGUCACGUUCCAGCUGAGCAGGGUGAAGUGCUGGCAGGUCACUUUCCUCGGGACUCUGCUAGAGAGGGAUGGGCCCCAGCGAACUCUCCACCAGGACUUGGAGCUCAGAUUCCAAUAUAGUGAGGAAAGUCACUGGCAGUGGUUUGUCAUCUAUACCAAACAGGCUUUUUUGCUGAGUAGCUGCUUGAAAAAGAUGAUCUCAGAAAAGAUGGACAAGUUAGCUGCCGAGAAUCCGGAAAUGCAGAUUGAAGUUCCGGAACAAGGCAAAAGUAAAAAAUACCACAUUCGACAAAACCAGCAUAAAGACUAUACCAGCUUUCUGCUAAGAAAAAGCAAGGUUAAGAUAGCUGAAAGUGACUGUGUUUUUAGGAACAUAAAAGAAGAAGAUCUGUGAAGAGAAGUUGCUCUUUUUAAAAUAUCCUCUGAGGCUGCCUCAAGACAGUAAAAGAAUGGGCAUUGACAACAGGCAUCAUCAGAAACAGGAAAAGUUCAAAUUUCUUGAUGAGAAGGUAGACCAUGUUCAUCAAAACUGCCAAAGCACUGUGUGGAUCAGAACAUUAAAGAGACAGGGGACUAGCGCUCCUGCAAUGGCUCCUAAAUGACAAAUGGCAAACUAAAAUCAACUCAUACGAGGCUCCCUCUGUUUCCCCCUAAAAUACAUGUUUACCUGGCUUCAUAGUCUCUACAGGUUCUGAUAUUACAUAAAUGAAAAGCCCAUUAUGAGAUUUUAUAAAUUCAUGAGAGGUCAAGUUCUAAAGACAUGACUCAUCAGCUGAGGAUAACACGGCUCCAUCUGAGAAGUAGAAUCAUUGAGAAAGAAAGCUGGGCUCCUCUGUUCUGUCUACAGAACCAGAGCAAGGUGAUAAAAUGCUGGUUUGUUUCCUCACGAAGCUUGGAGCCUGCCAUCAUGGACACACUCCAGGUAACAAGCUGCCCUGCUGUAAGUGUGUUCCGUCCUUACAACGCCAGAUUCGGUUUAGCAGUCUUCAUGCUACUUUUUUUUCCUGGACAGUGGUAAGCCUCUGUACUUGAUAUCAGAUACCUAUAUAGGUCUGUUAACUUUAAAAAUAUAUGUAAUUUCUCACCAUAUUUUUCCAUAUCCAGUGUACCUCACAGAAAUUAAAAUAAUUAUAUACAGAAUUAAGACCACAAUAAGGGAGAGGGACAGAGGAACCUAUGUAAUA